CGCACUGAAUAACUGUUCACUCCGCCUGCCGACCACCAUCAAGAUAACACGGAUUUUCCCAACGCUCCGUACCUCGCAUCACCGUCGACAUCGCAUCCCGCGCCAUCAUGCCUCAGUACAAGCUCGUCUACUUCAAUGCCCGUGGUCGUGGCGAGAACGCCCGACUUCUCUUCGCCCAGGCCGGAGUCGACUACGAGGAUUGCCGUGUGACGUCGGAUGAAUUCAAAGCCAUGAAGGGCGACCUAACGAAAUGUCCUCUUGGUCAGUUGCCUGUGCUCAUCGUAGAAGGUCAUCCACCAAUGCCACAGAGCCAUGCCAUUGAGAGAUACCUCGCAAGGAAAUUCGAUAUGUACGGGAAGACUGCGGAAGAGACUGCCCGCAUCGAUGUAACGUGUGAAUGCGUGGCUGAUAUCUUUACCAGCCUAAUGAAGAUGUUCUUUGAGAAGGACGAAGCAAAGAAGGCCGAACUCGGAAAGAGUUUUGUAGAGAAGGACUCGGUAACUAUUCUGACAGCCAUGUCAAAGCAAUUGGAGAAAGGAAGUGGAUUCUUCGUUGGAGACAAGGUAACCCUAGCUGACAUAGCAGUCUUCACUAUGACCGAAGUCAUUUUCAAGAGCAUGCCUAACGUAGCAGAUAUGUAUCCGGCCUUGAAGAAGUUCAAUGACCGCGUGAAAGCCGAGCCUAAGAUCAAAGCAUGGCUGGAAAAGAGGCCAGAAACCAAUUUUUAAAUUCGCACAAAGACUUCACUUAGGGAAUGUAAAAUAUGCACUUUAAGAUGAUUUCAUAAAACAUAAUUUCAUUGUUAUUGAUGCUGUUUAUACCAUUGUACUUUCAAUUGGUAUCAUAUAAAUAUUUGGCUAUUACUAAUAGUCCUAUUAUCAUUAUUAUUGUUAUUUUAUAUAAUAAUCAAUAUCCUUUUCGA